AUGCCCCAGACUACCUUCCCCAAGAACCCAACUUCUAGGCUGGAUGAUACAACUCUGGAGCAGCUGCUGGAGGCGCUCAAGGGCCUUGACGUCUCCCCAUUGUGGGCUCAGAUGCAGCGUCUGAAUCCUCCCGCCCCGAACCCAACCACCGUGCCAUUUGUGUGGGACUUCGAGAAAGUCCGGCCAUACCUUGUGAAAGCCGGCGAACUGGUCGCGGAGGAUCAAGCUGAGCGCCGUGUGUUGAUGCUUGUGAAUCCUGCCAGAGAUGCCCCCUUCACAACUGACACCCUCUACGCCGGACUUCAGCUGGUCAGACCGGGAGAGACAGCAUCUGCACACCGCCACACAGCUUUCGCAGUACGAUUCAUCAUCGAGGGUCGCGGCGGAUUCACCGCAGUGCAUGGCAAGCGGGUGCCGAUGCGGCCUCGAGACGUGGUCGUGACGCCCACCUGGAAUUUCCACGACCACGGCAAGAAAGGGUCCGGCGAAGAAGGCGGGGACGAUGGCCCUGUCAUAUGGUUGGAUGGGCUAGACCUUCCCAACUUCAUGCACUUUCCUGUCCAUUUCGUAGAGCACUACACCGAGAAGAGAUAUCCGGCAACCGAAGUGGCGGAUUCUCCCGUGGUGUUCCCGUGGGAGAAAAUGCAGGCCAGGCUUGAUGCAGCUGGAGGAGCCUGGGCUUCGGUGCCAUACCUGAAAGAGGAUGGCAGAGAGAUUGGCCGCGUGAUUGGGGCGUCAUGCGAGAAGCUCGACGCCGGGGCCUCGUCUCCUGCAAUCCGUGAGACAGCGUCUUCGGUCUAUCACAUCAUCGAGGGCACUGGGAGAACUACAAUCAACGGACAGACAUAUGAGUGGAAGCAGGGGAGCACUUUCUGCAUCCCGGCUUGGCAAGAGUACCAGCACUCAGCCAACGAAGAAGGCAGAGUCUACCUCUACCGUUUCGAUGACAAGCCUAUGCUAAAGGCUUUGGGAUUCUAUCGUGUCGCUGGCGUCGAUGUAGAAAGCCUAGUCUCAGAUUAA